CGGUGCAAAAACGACCUGUCCGAGCGGAAGCGGCAGCAGCAGCAGCAGCAUCGAGCGGAACUGUACCAACAAAAAGUGUGAGGAAAAGUGAAAGGCUUGCUCGGGGAACAUGUUUCCCGAAAUAAACCCCCCCAGGAAAAUGUCGUUCCAAGCAGAUCCGGUCGAUUUUAAAGAAAAGCUCAUAGCGGCAGUGAAGAAAGAGGUCAAACAGGUGAUGGAGGAAGCCGUCACCAAGAAGUACAUACACGAAGAGUCUUGCUCGGUAACGGCCCUGUGCGCUGCGGUCGAGGCCUGCCUCAGCCAGGGGCUGCGAAGGCGAGCCCUCGGACUGUUCAAGACAUCCUCCACCACCGCCCUGCUGCACAAGGUGGCCAAGCACUGUCCCGAGGCGGCCUGCAUCAGUAGGAAGGUGCAGGACAUCGAAAACAGUGACCCGAACAAACGAUCCUCGUCCAGCAGCGACAGCACAAACAAGCCGCCGAUCCUGAAGAAGGGCAGCAGCAACUCGGUCUCGACCACGACACCACCACAGACACCGCCAGUCGUCAAAUAUCUCUGGAUCCGGUUGGCACUGUACGAGAAGAAGCUGUCCCGCAUCAUCGACCAUCUCGUGUCGAACGCAACGCGCUACUACGAGCGCGAUUCACUCGUCGCCGAUCCGGACUACGGCUCGAUACUGAGCUCGCUGCUCGUUGGGCCCUGUGCGCUCGACUACUCGCGCGCCAAAACUGCCGACCACUUCUGGACCGAUCCGCCGGCCGACGAGCUCGUGCAGCGGCACCGUAUCAGCUCGAGCAAUCCGACGCCCCCGGCGUACCGGCGCCCGAUGCUGAACUUCAAGCGCAGCCUCCACACCAGCUCCGAGGAGGGCAGCAUGGCGUCGUUCAAGUCGAACAGUCUGGCGUCCGCCUCGAAGGACUACGUGGAAUCGUUGCAUCAGAACUCGCGCGCCACCCUACUGUACGGCAAGAACAAUGUGCUCGUGCUGCCGAAGGACGUUAGCGAACCAAUGCCCGGCUAUCUCAGCCUGCAUCAGACGGUACAAUCGCUCACGAUCAAGUGGACGCCGAACCAGCUGAUGAACGGGUACACCGAGUCGGAGAACAUCGACAAAAGCUCGUACUGGGCGUACGCGCUGAACGUGAACGUGGACGAGAUCGUGUACGUGCACUGCCAUCAGGCGCGCGGUGGCGACACCGGCGGCACCAUCAUCCUCGUCGGCCAGGACGGUGUCCAGCGACCGCCGAUACACUUCCCGGAAGGUGGCCAUAUGGCGGCAUUUUUGAGCUGUCUCGAAACAGGUCUUCUCCCACACGGGCAGCUGGAUCCGCCACUGUGGUCCCAGCGGGGCAUUGGACGCAUCUUCCCCUGGCCGCAGAAGUCGCGCCGCCGACCGCUUCCAUCGCUGCUCGAGACGAACGACGAGAUGCCGAUCGAUUACGUGUUCCGUGUGGUCAACAAAGGCAACACGGAUGAGUUCUUGGCAACACAUUCCAUACUGGAGCUGGGGCGCACCAGUCCCCGCUACCGUGCCCAGCUGAGCAGCUGCUCAACGAACGAAAGUAGCGACUGCUCCAGCAAAAGCCUCUCGAUCGACGCCAUGUCCAUUGACAGUCCGAAUCCCCAGACAACCCAAUCCACGAGCAUUGCGCUCGUUUGCAGCACGAUGAAGCGGCAGAUCAUUUCGCGCGCCUUCUACGGCUGGCUGGCGUACUGUCGCCAUCUGUCCACCGUCCGCACCCAUCUGUCCGGGCUGGUGAACGGGCGCAUCACGCCGGAAACCGGGGCCGAGCAGGGGCUGACGCGAUCGCGCUGGGAAAGCCUGCACGACGGCAACGGUGUCGUGGCGGACGAUCAGGAGGUGUACCGGUUGGUGUACUACGGCGGCGUCGAGCACGACAUCCGGAAGGAGGUGUGGCCGUACCUGCUCGGCCACUACAGCUUCGGCAGCACGCCGGACGAGCGGGCCGAGCUGGACGAGACGGCCAAACACUACUACGAAACGACCAUGAGCGAAUGGCUGGCGGUGGAAGCGAUCGUGCGCCAGCGGGACAAGGAGAAGACGGCGGUGGCCGUGGCGAAGCUGAGCUCGGGCAGCGGCAGCAUGGAAAACAGGAGCAAAACGCUCGACCAAGACGCCGACGGUGAGCAGGGGGAGGGGGGGGAGGACGAGGAGGAAGAGAUGGAAAACGAGGUGUUCGAGGAGAACGGCUUCUCCGACAUGUCCGAGCCGGAGGUGGAGGGCGAGGAGCGGUCGGACGCGCAGGUGCAGCUGACGAAGGACACGAUCACGCUGCCGGUGGUGGCGCAGGACGCCCUCACCGUCGAGACGGCCGGGGGUGCGGGCGCCGCAGAGUCGGCCGAUCGCGAAGAGGAACAGGAGCAAGACUUUGACAGCAACAAGAGUUCGCCGUCUGACUCGUCGUACGCGACGGUUGGCAACGAUUUCAUCGACGUGGCGGACAUUAUCUCGCCGAUGGGCGAGGAGGACUCGGGGGGCGCUCGAUCGCUCGGGGCGGUAGAGCGCAUGCAGGAGGGCGAAGACGAGGAUGGGGUUACAUCGGGCGAGGGGGGCGCGGAGCCGGACGAGGAGGAGGACGAACCGGACUCGCCGAAGUCGCUCGAGCAGCCGCGCGCCGUCAUCGUGACCGAUGCGUCGAUCGACGUGACCAUGCUGCUGCCGGGCGAGGUGCGCGAGCUGAACAACAACCACACGCUGUCGACGCUGGCGGAGGAGGGGGGCAACCAGCAGCAGCCGGCGCUGGACUCGCUGCAAGAGCCCAAAUCGGCCUGCGUGUCACCGGCCAGCUCGAACGGGGGCAUCUAUAGUAGCGAGCUACUGGAAUCGUUCGGGCUGAACCUCCAUCGCAUCGAGAAGGACGUCCAGCGGUGCGACCGUAACUACUGGUACUUUGCCAACGAAAACUUGGACAAGCUGCGCAAUGUCAUUUGCACAUACGUCUGGGAGCAUCUGGACGUGGGGUACAUGCAGGGCAUGUGCGAUCUCGUCGCUCCACUGCUGGUCAUCUUCGACGAUGAGUCGCUGAGCUACGGCUGCUUUUGCCGCUUCAUGGAGCGCAUGAUUGAAAACUUCCCGAACGGCGGUGCGAUGGAUAUGCACUUUGCUAACAUGAGAUCGCUGAUACAGAUCCUGGACUCGGAAAUGUACGAUCUGAUGCACGCGCACGGUGACUACACGCACUUCUACUUCUGCUAUCGCUGGUUCCUGCUCGACUUCAAGCGCGAGCUGAUCUACGCCGACAUCUUCUCCGUGUGGGAGGUGAUCUGGGCGGCCAAGCACGUCGCGUCCGCACACUUUGUGCUGUUUCUGGCGCUGGCCCUGCUCGAGACGUACCGUGACAUCAUCCUGUCGAACAGUAUGGAUUUUACGGACAUUAUUAAAUUUUUCAACGAAAUGGCCGAACGGCACAACACACCCUCCGUUUUGAAGCUGGCCCGAAGCUUGGUGCUACAGCUGCAAACGAUCAUUGAAAACAAGUAAAAGAGGCGUGACGUUACACACACACCGUAGUCGCACUGCAGUCAGCCAGCACCGAAGAAGGCGUGCAACAGUAUACAAGGAAGCUGCAAGCGUUACACGUUGUACAACAAUGGUCAGCGCGUGCAGUUAGCUCCCGCGGGAGUAAAGGGAGUAGUAGACAAAUGUACUGUAUCUACUUUUAAAGGCAGAGCGAAUACAACUCCUACCCAUCCUAAAUUGAAAGCUAAAAAAAGGUGGAAGAUAAGCGGUAGAGCCAAUUUAUACUUAUCGAACAAUUAUAAGGCGACAAAGAGUCCUCUCCAACUUACCCAUGAAGGGUGAACUUUUUGACGAUGUUUUAGGUGCUCCUUCCCAUCUGACUGUCCGUCUGUCUGUCUAUCUGUCUGUCUGUCUGUUAGUCUGUGUAAUGUCACUGUUUAGCACUUUUGGACAGUUUGUUUGUACUUUUUGUAGCUGUCCCCUGUUGAUGCGUUGUCGACAGCGU